ACCGACAAAACAACAGACUCUCUGUUCUCUCUGAGCAAUGGCGAAAACCCUAGACGAAUCCAAAAAGCGCAAAUCCCUCAAAUCCAAAUCCAACAACAACAAGAAGCAAAAGACCAACGAACCCGAAUCCUCAACGACGCCGUAUUCAUCAACCUCAAGCUCCGAGUCAAGCUCCUCCGAAUCCGAAUCUGAGCAAGAGGAACAAUACAACCCCGAAGAGCUCCGUGAGCUUCUCCAACCCUACUCCAAGGACCAGCUCGUGGACCUCAUCUGCUCCUCCUCCCACCAGAUCGGAUCCUCCAUCUACUCCUCCGUCCUCCAAGCCGCCGACCGUGACGUCACCCACAGAAAGAUCUUCGUGUACGGUCUCCCCUGGGAGACGACGCGGGAGACUCUCCACGGAGUGUUCGAAGGGUACGGAGAGAUCGAAGAGUGUACCGUUGUGAUAGACAAGGUCACUGGUAAGGCCAAAGGGUUUGGGUUUGUUACUUUUGGGUCGAGGAGAGGAGCUAAGGAGGCGCUUAAGGAGCCUAAGAAGAGGAUUCUUAAUAGAAUGGCGACGUGUCAGUUGGCUGCGAUGGGGCCUGCUGGGUCUGGGAAGGGGCAGGAGCAGAGUGGUCCGGUGAAGAUUAGUCUGAUGGGACAGGGACAGGGACAGGGGCAACAGCAGGUGUUUAACGGUGGUGGGAUGGCUCCGUUUAUGAUGGGGAAUCAGUACCAUCCGGUUUAUGGAGGUGGAAUGUUGGGGAAUCCGGCUUUGGUUGCAGCAGCAGCAGCAGCAGCGGCUGGUGGAGGAGGAGGAGGGUACAUGUAUCCGAUGUUGGCUAGUGCGUUGACACAUGGUGGUGGGUUAGGUCAGAUGGGUGGGAUUGGUGAUCCAGGUUUGGGGGGGUCUUACUUUGGAGGUGGUCAGAGUCUGCCUAAUGCUUAUUCUGAUUCGGAUAGUGGGAGAAAAGGGAGUAAUGGUAAAGAUUCGGAUGCUGGUGGCUCGUUUAAUGGCUACUCAAACUGUUAACGGGUACGUUCACUUGUAACCUCUAGUGUUAUGUUUUGACCAUAUUCUUCUGGUUUAGGUGUCUUUUGGACAAACAUAUGUUGCAUUAUUGGUAAUAGUUGCUUAGUUAUUAGGAUUGAUAAGUAGAUAAAAUGGGUUAAGGCUUUGUGGUAGUAUCUGGAAUUUCAGCUGACAUGAUGAUGGGAAUGAAUAGUUUAAAAUUUAGGUUAGCGUUUUCAUUGACGGCCUUAAAGAAUCUUCUCUGGAAUGUGUUUUUUAAAGAUUUGAUGAGAAGAUGAUGUGUCACAGGACCAAGCUUUUGUUUUCUUUAUUUUCAUACCGUUUGGUUUUGGUUUUAUCUUUACAGAUUCUGGUUUUAUAGUUUUGUAAAUGCCAUUUAAUUUUACUUUCUCUAUUGAUUGUGUAAGAUUGGUGGUGGAGGCGGGGAUUGAAAGUUGUUGAGCUUUGUUUUCAUUGAUACAUUGUAUUUUGUUUUAUUUAUUGGCGUAAUUGGUUUUAGUGUUGCACUUGCACUGAGUUUUAUUAUCUGAUCAUUCACUAUCUCUUCCGCUAAAGCUGGUUUUGGUAUAAAUGUCUGGAAUGAACAAUAAAACCUUAGCAUGAGCUUCUCUUGCUGUUUCUCAUUCAUGGUUUUAGAUUCUCUAGUUUUGUUUUCUUAUAUUGUUUUAAUGUUUAUCCCUUUGAUUUCUUUUGUUUUCAUUUUGGUUUACAUCUGUUGUUUUGUUUUUUAUAUUGUUUUGAUGUUUGUCCCUUUAAUUUCUUUUGUUUUCAAUCUGGUUUACAUCUG